UUGUUCCACCUAAGGCUGUUUGAGUUGCCAGUGUUAAAAAUAUUAAAUGCCUAAUUGGCUUCUUCCUUAUCUUGUUGGACCCAGCUUUCCGUAUUCUUUCGAAUGACAUUUUUGUCGAAAUUUUCCCAAAAAAGUACAAUGAGUGUAAUUUCUCGAAUUCGUUCAUUGCCGGUUACUUCUUCAACAUCGACUCUUCAAUCGCUUUGCUUUGUGCAAAUUGUUCCGCUUCGUUAUCUUACAUAUGACCAUUUGCCUGUUCCGCCUCCGGCUAAAAUUCAAAUGAAGCCACCGCCAAAUGAGAAGGGACAUUUUCACUACGAACGUAGUUGGUCUAGAGAUAAGCGCUACAAGCCGCAAAUCAAUAGUAACACGACAUUCAGAUUUUUGUUCCACAAUCUCGAACAUGAUUUUGAGCUUUGGCCAAUUCUCUUCCUCUUCUCUGUUUCUUGUACGUUGGUUCUCAUAAUCGGAUUUUAUGCAACUAGGCGUAUUGAAAUUUGGUAUGAUCGAAGCACAAAAAUCCCUCCUUGGGAUUGGUCGCGUAUUCGUGAGGAUUAUUGGAAAUACCCGACUCAAAUCUAUGAUCCAUAUGGAUAUUCUCAUCAGCGUCUAUUCAUUAUGGAAAAGCUGCAAGACAAAUUGUUGGAGGCUGCUCGUGAGAGGGGAACUCGCACUUGA